AGCGACUGUGCGUGCGUGCAUGUACGAGCGAGAGGACUGCGCAUGCGCGACUGUGAGGCGCACUGAGCGGAGCAGACGGCGGAGGAGAAGGAGCGGUAAUGAACGGCAGCUGAGGGGAUGACAGCAGAGGAGACGGAGAGAAGGAGAAGACUGAGCUUCACCUGAAGACAAGGAGAGAAAGAACAGAAAGGAGGAGAGGGAAGGAGGCGAUAAGGGAGGCUCAGGUGCUGUGCAGACUGAGUCGUUUGUGAAAAGAAGGUAGCAAAAAGAGGUGAUGGAGAAAAAGAUACAGGACGGAGACGACCAGUCACAAGCCGUGGAAAAAAGGCUGAAAGACUGAACGAGAGGGGGUGAAAGACAGGAGAGUUGAAGAGGGGAAAAAAAGGGGGUGCUGAGGUCGACGAAAGCAGCCUGAUGUAUCCACCUUACAUACCCCUCCAUCUUACAUCUCCUCCAUGUUGUUGAUGCUCCUAGAAUAAAACACUGGCAGGAGAGACCAUCCUCCUGUUGACGAGAAAUCCUGAAAUUGGCUUAUCAUCAAAGGACGAACGGAUGUCUGAAGCAUGAACAAGCAGGAAACAAGAAAAGACUGGAAUGAGACGAGGACAUAGGCAGACAGAUAAACGGACCAAAGACAUCUUCAAAUACUGUUGGUCUGACAAACUGAAGGAAGAGGAAAAGUCACAACACCAAGGAAUCCUUUACACCCUCAUUACUCUUCCUGUUCACUUGUAAGGACUGCCUGAAAGUUUACAAAACAAGACUCUUCACUCCCACCUCUGAGGAAUUUAAGGAGCCUUCAAGUUUGAGUUACUCCAACAGCUCCCUGCAGUAUUAUAGGACACCUCCAAAAAAUAAAAGACCUCCCUUUUUUAUCAAGCAGCCAAGGAAAGGGGGUCAAACAAGGUCUACUGACCACACUGGACCAAGAGCAAACAGAACGACUGAAUGUUUGGGGGUUUUUUUUCUCACACUUUUAAGUCAAGAUACAACACAUCUGCGGCCACAAACAGGAAGCUCUGCGAGUGUUUUAUUGAGAAAUACCGAGUUCCUUUUACCAGGAAACAGGUUCUAGUAUCAGAUAGUGCUUUUUGGACCAUUCUGAACUGCCUGUAAUCAACCCCAACACACUUUGGAAUUGUAACAAUCCACUUACCUGUACUGUUUGUGAAUACACAUCUAGGUGCACAUGAAACUUAUACCAGUCAAAGUGAGUAAGAACGUAUCUUAGUUCUUCAGUAUUAUUUCUGUCUGCUUUGUAGAUAUCAAACAGAGGCAGCACAGGAACUUCAUUAAAGGUACAUUAAAACAUCAGAAAUACUUUACAUAGCAAACACUGAUCAGAUACUGUAAACGGGGAUAUUGACUCUAAAAUUCAAGUGUUACAGACUAUAAAAGACCAAUAACAGUGCCAACCAGAGGAAAUCUUUGAAGGAAACAUGGAAGCAACCAUUCGACCCCAUGUUCCAUCUAAUGGUUGAUUUCAAAGAAGGUGUUUGAUCUUCCCCUUGCAAAGAACCAAGCAGGGGUAUCCGGCACUGACCAGAGCUACAGACCCUCACUCUAGAAACAACUAAACCGAGCGGAUGUCCUGCCUCAGGCGCCAGCCGAUGGCCAUCCCCAUGGACACUGUCAAGAUCAUCCAGUCGGAGAAGUUUCCCCGAGAGUGCCCUGUGCCCGUCACCCAGCCACGCUAUGCCCCGGCUCCCAGAGUGGCGUGGGACGGUGGCGGUGAAGGUGAAAUCAUUGUCAACCAGGCCUGCAGUGACCUUACACUGGACAUAGCAUCGUCUCCCAGGCCAAUGGUGUCCCCGCCGGCCCCGCUGAUAUGCAGGGAGCAGAGCUUCCUGGCUCAGCGCAAACCCAGUGCCAAUGAAAUCUGCUACCACCAGUUCCACUACAAGAUGGAAGACGUCAUAGUCAAUCAGUAUGUGUUGCGCUCCUCCUCCACCUCCUCCUCCACGUCCUCCUCGUCCUCUGGGCCUGUCAUGCCGUGCGAGCCCCUAGAAUGCCCCACCUGUGGUCACACGUACAACUUCACCGGGAAGCGUCCACGCAUCCUCUCCUGCCUGCACUCGGUAUGCGAGGAGUGCCUGCAGAUCCUCUACGAGUCCUGUCCCAAGUACAAGUUCAUCUCCUGCCCCACGUGCCGGCGUGAGACGGUGCUGUUCACUGACUAUGGCCUGGCUGCUCUGGCCAUCAACACCAGCAUUCUGAGCCGCUUGCCCUCAGACCCCAACGGGCCUGUGCAGUGGGGCGGGGAUGCCGACCGCAGCUGCUACCAGACUGUGCGUCAAUACUGCCAGUCAGCCUGCACCUGCCAGAUUGCCAACCCGUUGUCCUCCUGUGGCAUCAUGUAGACAAGAGGGAGGAGGUGCGAGUAUUGCUCCCCACCACCACAACUCUUCUCAUCUAUAAGCUAAACCCAUUUUGCCAAGCUCCUUUCUCUCACAGUAAAUAACCCCCUAUAGAUGUUUCUCUAUAUUUAAUAGCACAGAUGGAUGCUGUGUGGGACUAAUGAAUGCUGAUGGUUCAGUAUAAAGUAAAUAAAUGUAUUUUAUGUAUGGACUGGAAACCUAUUCACCGUCUCUUGUUUGGUUGGAUGUGUUUGUCAUGACAUCUCUUUACAUGGGAAUGCCAGGGGAGGUUUCUCCCCCCCAACCUAGGUGAAUAAAGAUUACAUAAAUGAUA